GGGAAACAAAAGGCAAUAGCAGAGGAGACUUCUGAGGGAGAGUCUUCGCAUGAUGAAGAUCCCGCUGAGGCCACUGCUGUCUUUGCUUGCAAACGCGAUCGAGCUCAAUUCGUCGAAGAGAGUUUUGAAGAUGACGAACCUCUGGGAAUGCGAUUGGUCCGUCAAAGGACCACUAAUCCCUCUCGCCUGAGCGAGGCUGGACCCUCAGCCACUGCAGAAAAGCCAACUCUCUCGCUAGUUCAAGCAUCAACUAACCCCGUGGCGCCUCUUCCGUCUCCCACAUCUACAGAGCAUCUGCAAGGUCCUACCAUUCUAAUAACGAUCUCCGAUGACGACUCCUCGGAGCAUGAAAGUGUGGAAAGCCACUCUGAGGAUUCUGCCGCUUAUGAGGAACUGAUGACGACAGAGAUUCUCGCGGCACUAAAGGUCCAAGAGGUGAAUGAAGUGAGGCCUCUUCCUCUUGGUGACCACGUACCAGAUAUUGACCCGACAACUCGAGAGGUAAGCCACUGUAGCUAA